AUGGCACCAGUUGCACUCAUCACAGGUGGCUCUUCAGGCAUCGGUUUGGCUCUGACGAAACAUCUCCUCAAUCGCUCCUGGCACGUCUUCAUCGUCGACAUCAACCCUCCUCCGUCAUCCGAACUAUCCACUUUCGAUACCUCAUCCUACCACUUUCACGCCACAGAUGUUUCGUCCUGGGAUGCGCAAUCCUCGGCUUUUGCAACCUGCUGGUCCACCUUUGGUCGUUUGGAUUUCUGCGCCUUGAAUGCUGGUAUUGACGAUCGAGACGAUAUAUUCAACUCCACUAGCAACGAUCUCAACACCCCGCCCACUAAACCAAACAUGAAGACUUUCGAAGUCAACCUGUAUGGUCCUUAUUACGGAGUCAAGUUGGCUGCUCAUUACAUGGCUUUGAACAAGCCUUUGCAUGACCACGCCAAUGGUAAAGGUGGUAGAAUUGUGAUUACUGCUUCAGAUGCUGGACUUUGGGCUUUGUCCGCUGUUCCUCAAUAUACAGCUACCAAACAUGCCGUUGUGGGUCUGGUGAGGGCAUUGGCUGCAUCGGCCGCAGAAGCUGGUGUUUCGAUCAAUGCUGUUGCACCAGCGCUCACACCGUCUAACCUUGCGCCUGCUGGGUUGCUGGAGAGUUAUCCGAAGGAGGCAUUGACCAAGAUGGAGACAUUGAUGAAAGCCUUUGAUUCGUUGGGUAGAUUUGAUGAGGUUGAGACGGAAGGAUGGGGUGGUCAGGAGCCGAAUGGACAAGUCGUUGAGGGCAGAGGUGACGAUAUCCAUUACAAGAAUGAGAUUGAAAAGACGGGUGGGAGAGAAGUGCCAAAGGGUGAGUCUUUUGAUUGUGUUUGGGUUUGA